AAGUGAUAUUGUCAGUAGGUACUAGGUAGUGACUACUAAAAUAAAGUAGUAAAUAGGAGUAAAAAAAAAGGAGUAUAAAUACUAAUACAAACAAAUUUUUAGAAAAACUAGCGGUUUUUAGAAAAAUGUCUGAAAAUGUUAAUAUAGAUUUAGCUGGAGAAAUUAACGCUACAACAGAAAAAAAGGGAUUUCAAAAGUAUGUCAAUGAUUUGGAUUUACUACUACAACAUGUGCGGAGUGGAGCAGCACCAGCAUUGGUAAUGGGAGUUCUAUCUUCUCGACGUCCAUGGACCCAAUUUGUAGCUACUGAAAAUUUUAAAGCACCUGCUUCGAUUCCAAGAUUGUCUCGUAGAUUUUACAAAAACAUUGAACAUUUUCAAGCAAAUUAUUUAAUGAUAUUCCUGGGACUUUUUGCAUAUUGCUUAAUAACAACACCAUUGCUAUUGAUUGCUAUGGCUGCUAGUUUUUUUGGAUAUAAGAAACUCACAUCAGGACCUAACACUUGGAAAGUUGGCAACUGGGAACUCACAAAAACACAACAAUAUGUUGCAGCUGUAGGCUGUUCUACACUGAUUAUGUGGUUUGCAGGAGCUGGUGCAGUUCUCUUUUGGGUUCUAGGUGCAACAGUAACUGUUGUGGCUCUGCAUGCAAGUUUCUUUGAUGCCGAAAACUUAGUGUUAUCUGAUGACCCUGAUCAGUUUCCUAUGAUAGAGCAGGUUUGACAAUGCGAGUUACCCCUAUAUAUACCUAAACGAUCUGCCCACCAUUUGGAUACCUGAAGGAAGCACAUUUGUAUUUUUUUUGACUGGAUUUUACUUUUAAUUUUUUUAGUAUACAAUAUAUAUUAGAGUAUAC